AUGAGCAACGUCACUGAACAACAUAAGACAGACCCGGGCCUGGAUCUGUCUACCGUAGUCGAGGAGGAGGCAGACCCGGGCUUUCAUCGUCCAUUUGUCCAUGGCAUGCGACCCCGCACCCAGACCAUGACCGGAACCAACCCAGAUGGCACUGAAAGGUGCCCGUUCCCUCUUGAUCCCAAUUCCAAAACGACGCAUCGAGGCCAACAUUCCCCCCUUACCGACCAAGACGUACAGAGCAGGGAGAGGAUGCCCGUCAGGAUGCCGGAUCCAUCGAACACUCCCGUCAUGGUUGCCAAUCUUAUGCACACCGUCGAGAAAUCAAAGUACGAGUCUGUGACGCAUGUCGCCCCUGAGCAGGCUACAUCAGGACAGCCUUCAACGAACCCAUCCUUGCCCUGCAGCAAUAACAACAUACUGCCCCAGUCACCUCAAGAUUUGGGUGUCAUUGACCUAACAACCGUCGCGACAGGUAGCAGCACCACACCAGCACCCCCAUGCACCAUCUCUAGUGGCCAGAGCAUCGUUAUUCAGUCUCACUAG